AUGAAAAUGUAUCCUGAAGAUGUAAUGAUGUAUAUACUUACAAGGAUUCAAGUGAAAUCUCUUUUACGACUCAAAUGUGUCUCAAAAACAUGGUGUGCUCUCAUAAACUCAUCAACUUUUAUUCAUUUUCAUCUCAAUCGAACCACAACUACCAAAGAUGAACUCAUUCUAUUCAAGCGAUCCUUCAAAGAAGAACCCAACAAAUAUCAAAGUACCAUGUCUUUUCUCUCUGAUGUUGAUGAACAAAUUGAUCAUGAGCCUAUUUUUCCAGAUCUAGAUGUACCAUAUCUCACCACAACUUUUGCUUGUAUGUUCCAUAGACUAUUAGGUCCUUGCAAUGGUUUGAUUGUUUUGACCGAUUCGGAAUUCAUGGUUCUAUUUAACCCAACAACUAGAAAUUAUAGGCUACUUGAACCAUACACUUACAUUUGUCCAUUCGGUUUCUAUCAGGACAAUUCGGGGGUCGGGUUUGGUUUUGACUGGAUUGUGAAUAAUUAUAAGGUUAUUAGUGUUUCAGAAAUUAUUGGUGAUCCUCCUUUCUAUGAUUUUCAUUUUAGAAAGUGGAAAGUCGAUGUUUAUGAUUUGAUUACUGAUUCUUGGAGAGAUCUAGAUAAUAUUAAUCAACAGAUGCCAAAGAUGCAUUGGUAUGCUUGUUCCGAGGUGUUUUACAAGGGAGCCAUUCAUUGGAUUGCAAGUGACGAUGCAAUAUUUGUAGUUCUUUGUUUUGACUUGAGUAGUGAGAUUUUCCGCAGUAUACUGAUGCCUGAUUGUUGUGAUUACUUCGAUGGGAAGUGUUACGGCCUUGUACUCUUAAAUGAGUCUCUAACAUUGGUUUGUUAUCCUGAUCCUGGGAAUGAUCCUCAACCAGGAAAAGAAUCAACAGACGUUUGGUUAAUGAAAGAGUACGGUAUAAAUAAAACAUGGGUUAAGAAAUAUUCAAUUAGAGCUCAUCCAAUUGAAUCCCCAUUAGUAAUUUGGAGGGAUCAUGUGUUGUUUCUUCAAAGUCAAUGUGGAGUUUUGAUUUCAGGUGAUCUUCAUUCUGAAGAAGUGAAGGAAUAUAACUAUUUACAGGGUUUUCCUAGAAGUUUGAGAAUUGCAGUUUACAAAGAGAGCUUGACACCAAUUCCAAAACGAAGCGACCUUGGGUAA